UGAGAAUGGAAACAUAAUCACGGGAGAAACAUCUCAUUCAUUAAGACGACUCUUUGAUCCUGAGGACAGUUUUUCCUGUGCUUAUGAGGGUUACCGCUCUCCUCCAGUGUAUGCUCCGAGGGUUCCCACAGUGUGGGUGAGUCCCCCUGGUGACAUUAUGAAGAACAGUUCAGUGACUCUCAGCUGUAGCAGUGAUGCUAACCCCCCCACUGUGUACACCUGGUACAAAAACAACCAAUCACUGCUCAGGAAAGAACCACAGCUCGUCUUCAGCUCCAUCCAGUCCUCUGACUCUGGACAGUAUUACUGCACAGCUGAGAAUGAUCUGGGGAGGAGGACAUCUAAUUUUAUCUUCAUUAAUGUGAAAUAUGGUCCACAGACGUCCACCCUGUCAGUGAGUCCCUCUGGUGAGAUAGUGGAGGGAAGUUCAGUGACUCUGACCUGUAGCAGUGAUGCUAACCCAGCAGCUCAUUAUACCUGGUACAAGGAGAACCAAACACUGCUUCAAGGACCAGAGGACAUUUAUAAUUUCUCCUCCAUCAGAUCUGAGGACAGAGGGUUUUACCAGUGCAAGUCUGAGAAUCAACAUGGACGCUCAGAGUCUUCACCUCUGUUCAUAGAAGUGUAUUAUGCUCCAAAGCUUCCCUCUGUGUCAGUGAGUCCCUCUGCUGAGAUAAAGGAGGGCAGCUCUGUGAAUCUGACCUGUAGCAGUGAUGCUAACCCAGCAGCUAAUUAUACCUGGUACAAGGAGGAUGAAGGCUCAGCAAAAGCUUCAGGACAGAUCUUCACCAUCACCAACAUCAGAGCUGAGCACAGUGGGAGUUAUUACUGUGAAGCCCAGAACAGCAGAGGGCGUCAUAGCUCCACCUUACAUCUGACUGUUAGGGCAAGUAAGUCACAUCUGUGCACGAGUCAUUUACACCUAAAAGGUGCUGCUGGUUCAGUGAAAUCAGCAGCUGCUGGAUCAGUUGCUGUUAUUUUUCUGGCUCUCAUAUUCCUCUGUGCCUUCGUACUGUUUAGAAGAAAGAAGUUCUUGAAACAACCACCUGAGCCUGGAGAGGGACCAGACAACACAGCACAGCAGCAGGACGAACUCUUCUAUGCCAGCGUGAGCUUCACUAAAAACCAGGAAGAUCCACUGUACUCCAACAUCAGGCAAGGUCAGCCCAGCAGACACAAGACAGAAGAAGAGGAGGACGAGGAGGGUGUGGAAUACACUGUCGUCAAUGUGAAGAGCACCACUGCUACGCCAGGAUUAAGAAGUGAAGAGGCUGUGGAGGAUUCAUUUGCACUGUACAGCACCGUCAGCAAGAAACGCAGAGAAUCAGCGCAGCAGCAGUCUGCAGUCUGUUUAUAGGGUUUCAGCAAAAGACAUUUCUCAGGACUGAAAUGUUCAACAAUGCAGCAUAUAAACAACACAUAACACACACACACAUAAACAACAACAAAACAAACCUGGCUUCUCGUACUGGGGCAGCAGCAAAGAUUGUCCUUCCUCAAAAAUGUCACUAAAUAUUUUCCUUCUAGUGCUGGAAAAUCAUUUCCAAUGUCAUGUCAAGUACAUUUGUCUAUAUACAGUUUCCAUUUACAACAAUCUUUCUCUGCUCUGUUUUUCCGUUUGUGUUUUUAUUCUCUUUAAUAAGUAAAGUGACUUGAUUGAGCUCA